GGGCAGCUAACGCCAGGCGCAGUGUCCUCCGCGCCCCGUCGUGCUUGCACCGCCGCCCUCGGGCUUCCAGACGUCCACCCCCUCUCUCACUGGCACUUUGCCGCUCUGGCUGUCCCCAGCGCGAAGAGGGAGGAAGGACGCGGAGAGGUGCUGCAGGACCCCUGGGCUUGGCGAGGCUUAUGCUAGUUUCCAGCUUCCGGCGGCGGCGUAGCUAGUGGACCUGCCGGGCAUCCCGGUGCUUGCGCACCGGGUUGAGCCCGCGGUUGGUCCCCUCCGGCUAGUUCGAAGUCCCUGCUGUUCGUGGGCUCUUGCGGUGCAAGAGAGGAGAGACCAGUGGAGCUCUGGGGAGGUUGGGACUGACUCAUCUAGAGUCCCCGUUCCCUUGUUGUUGCACUCGGAAACUUUGCGCUGUGUUUCGGUCUUUGUCCUUCUUGGGGAAGCUGGACGGCAGUUCGUCAGGCCCGGUCCCUGGCCAGGACCGCGCACUGGGGGCCAUGGAGUUCACCGCAUCGCCCAAGCCCCAGCUUUCCUCCAGGGCCAACGCCUUCUCCAUCGCCGCUCUGAUGUCGAGCGGCGGCUCCAAAGAGAAGGAGGCUACGGAGAACACUAUCAAACCCCUGGAACAAUUUGUUGAGAAGUCAUCCUGCGCUCAGCCCCUGGGCGAGCUGACCAGCCUGGAUGCUCACGGGGAGUUUGGAGGCAGUGGUGUGGGCAGCAGCAGCCCAUCCUCCUCUUCUUUGUGCACAGAGCCUCUGAUCCCCACCACCCCCAUCAUCCCCAGCGAAGAAAUGGCCAAAAUUGCCUGCAGCCUGGAGACGAAGGAGCUCUGGGACAAAUUCCAUGAGCUAGGCACGGAGAUGAUCAUCACCAAGUCUGGAAGGAGGAUGUUUCCUACUAUCCGAGUGUCAUUUUCCGGCGUGGAUUCUGAGGCCAAGUACAUAGUCCUCAUGGACAUCGUCCCCGUGGACAACAAGAGGUACCGCUAUGCCUACCACCGGUCUUCCUGGCUGGUGGCUGGCAAGGCAGACCCGCCGCUGCCAGCCAGGCUGUAUGUACAUCCAGACUCUCCUUUCACCGGUGAACAGCUACUCAAACAGAUGGUGUCUUUUGAAAAGGUGAAACUCACGAACAAUGAACUGGAUCAGCAUGGCCAUAUAAUUUUGAACUCAAUGCACAAGUACCAGCCACGAGUGCACAUCAUUAAGAAGAAAGACCACACAGCCUCACUGCUCAAUCUGAAGUCUGAAGAAUUCCGAACAUUCAUCUUUCCAGAAACAGUUUUUACGGCGGUCACUGCCUAUCAGAAUCAACUAAUAACCAAGCUGAAGAUAGACAGUAACCCUUUUGCCAAAGGAUUCCGGGACUCCUCCAGGCUCACUGAUAUUGAGAGGGAAAGUGUGGAGAGCCUGAUUCAAAAGCAUUCCUAUGCCCGCUCACCCAUCCGUACCUAUGGAGGAGAAGAGGAUGUGCUGGGGGAUGAGGUUCAGACGACACAGAAUCGAGGAUCAGCCUUUACAACAUCUGAUAAUUUGUCUCUCAGCUCCUGGGUAUCAUCUUCAUCCAGUUUCCCUGGAUUUCAGCACCCACAGUCCCUGACUGCUCUUGGCACCAGCACAGCAUCCAUAGCAACACCCAUUCCUCACCCCAUACAAGGUUCUCUGCCACCAUACAGCCGACUCGGGAUGCCUCUGACCCCAUCAGCCAUUGCCAGCUCCAUGCAGGGGAGUGGCCCAACAUUUCCCUCAUUCCACAUGCCCCGGUACCAUCACUACUUUCAGCAGGGGCCCUAUGCUGCUAUCCAAGGACUGCGCCAUUCCUCUGCUGUGAUGACGCCAUUUGUAUGACUCUCCCGAAAAUAGGAGAAUCCAGAUCCAAAAUGUGCAAAUGGGUAUGGGAAUACAGGACAGGGUUGGGUGGGUGGGAUGUGGAGUUUGGAGCAGGGGCUCUCCCAGAGACAUGAGACUUAUUAAAGAGGAGAGCAGGACUCACAAUAAAACCUACCACUGAGGGAAGGCACCAUGGACCAGGAUUCAUCCAUAGUUGGGGACAGCUCUUGGGUUUGAGAGAAUCAGUGUAAAGUCCUUAGCCAGCCGAAGUCCUGCGACUAAGAGGAUAUCGGUUUACCCAAAAAGUUUAACAAUACAAGGCAGAUGAAUCUUAAGGUGCACUAUUCCUAGUGGUUAAAAAUGCUGUGUCAAUGCAGUAAUGUAAAAUGUCAAGGUGUAUAGGUUUUCUUUCUACUUUCCACAGGAUAAAAGAAUCUUCAAAGAGGCAAUACUAUGUAACAUACUGACCAUAAUGACUAACUUAAGUCCAUUUCUCCCUGUAGAAAUGAGAGCCAGUAGAAAAAUAUUUGUAGUGCUAUAGCUUAAGCAUGUUUAGUUUUCCUUUGUGUUAGUUUGCUGGAGAAGGAGCUAAGAUAAUGCUCAUGCAUCCUGUUUUGCAGAUGAAUACAUGGUAAUGACUUCACAAAGUUCUUUUUGUAGUACUGAAGGGGCAGUACCUGACAAGUUCUCUUUCACAGUUUUGUCUUUCUUCCUAAUACUCUUUCUUACAGUUACUUGCCAUUUAUGUAGGGAAAAUCUUCCAUAUACUAUUAAGAAGCAAGAGCCUCUGUAUGUAACAUUGUAAAACAGAUUUUAUUUUUCUGGACUUCAGUCUAAAUACACUAUUGACUUCAUUCACUGAGGACCACUCUAAGGUCUCUACACACCAACAUGUGAGACUUUCUUUACUUACAGCUACAAUGAAAAGAUAGUUGCCCUAUUCUGAAAGGAAUUUUUCUACCAUGGGUACCAAAGGUCCCUUCAUUUUUACUUCAGCCCUUCUAUUUUGCUCUGAAUUUGCACCAGGUCAAAUUCUCAUUUUUAGUAAAUCUGCUUCAUUGUUUGAUUAGCCGCUACCACUGAUUGACAGGAAUUUAUGAAUGACCAUUCUAAAUGCCCAUAUAGCCACCAUUUAACCUAUGGUCAUGAAUAGUAAUGUGUCCAUAUAUCUGAUUUGCCCUUUUUUCUUAUUGUGUUACAUUCAGUGACUCUACCAUUUUUCUAGGUCCAUAAUAUGAAAUUGCAUGUUAACUCAAUGCACCCUGACUAAAACAUUGGCAGUGCUUAUAAGCAAACCUAAAGCAUUUAUCCACUUUAUUUUCAACUCCUGCUAUCUUCUUAAGCCUUCUUUAAAUAUUUAUAAUAGUAAUUAACUAUAUCAUAGUUAUAUAUAAUAUCUGUAUUAUUUUUCAGCCAUAUAUAUCUAAGCAUUUACAAUCAGGGUAAAACAUUUGGCAUAUGCAACAGUUCAUUUCCCUAACAGAGAUUUAAAGAAGUUUACUGUCCUUCAACUUUAGACAAAAUACAUUCUAGCCAUAGGAUUUAACCUGUCUUCUUCAAAGAGUCCCCCAAUACUCUUAAUUUUUACACAAUAUUCAUUCUACUUUGCUCUGACUAUAAAAGUACUGAAUCUGUCCAAAGAAGAAAUCUUGCUGCUGAGAGCAGAGCUGUAUUUGGAAGUAAAUGUAAUAUACUUAUCACAUCAGACUCAAGUGAAAUUUUAUUUGGUCAUUUUAAUGUUAGGAUUUUCCAUAUCAAAUGCCUUCUUGGGCAUUUCCAGCGUAUGAAAUAAGGUAUACUGGCAUGGCCUGUCUACCCAAUGCCAUUGUUGGACUUGCAAUUGGUUCUCUCCACUGUAUUCCAAAAUUUAGUUAUGGAAAAGCACAGCCGUGUUAACUAAAUAUCUCAUAGUCCUAUGGCAGACACUGGAGGCUUAUUUCUAACUUCUUGCAUGUUACACUGUAGUAUCCACAGGUGGUUUGUUUUCAAACACAGCACACAUGUGCAUUUCUUUUACCAAAAAAAAAAAAAAAAAAAGCAGUUAGGCAUAAUGUUUAAAUAUCCAUAGAGCUUAGAAAAGGGAUUUAAUAUUUAAUAGUUGGCCUUUUGUCAGUGCUUUUAAUACAGAGGACUUCUGCUUAAAGCAGGAAUAACAAAAGUAAAUACUAUUUUUCAUGAUGCUACUUAUUACCCUUAUAAAUUACUUGUCUACCAAAGUGAAUCCAUAGAUGAAUUUUCUUUUCAAUGUUAAUGCAAGGAUCAUUUUCAUACUAUUUUGACAUUUUUCCUGAUUGGUGUACAUUUUUGUUAAAUAUGGUUUUAGAACAGUAUUUCCUGACUUCAUAACUUUAUUUUAUAAUCAAUAUAAGACUAAAAAUAAGUAGUGUGCUUAGACAAAAACAAAGACAGCCAUCAAAGUAUGCUCCCAGAAAAAUCACACCUGAAAUUCUAAAUUGGAUACAUUUUCAAAGUAUUUGGUAUCAUUUGAAAAAGAAAGAAGCCGAAGUCCAAUAGUGCUUAACCCAAUCAGUCAAUCUAGUCAUGGGAUCCAGGGGUAGGUAUCUGCCCCACCAGGGUCUUUCUGAACUAUUCUGCUUGUUUACUAUAAUUUAAUUCCUUUUAUAUUUAAGAUUUAAAACUCAAAAGUCUAUUUUACCAAAGGCAAACGCAAGAACUAGAUACUUAGUGAGAAAGCCAAAUGAAUGAUAAAGGGCAUGAGUUAUAGUAUUUUUGAAAUAAAUUCAGGGUUCCCCCCAGGUAUAUAACAGUAUCGAAAAGCUUGGCUACUGCGUAGUGCUGCUAAAAAGCAGCCCUGCCAGAAUGGCUUUAUCUAACCCCAAAGAAUUAAUUCAUGACUUAGUUAUGACUUGUUUUUAAAACACUUAUCAAUAAUUCUGAAUAAGCUCAUUUAUUUCUUUGAUUUAGUAAAUCUUCCCCCCUCCCCUCCUCCAUCCACCCUUGAAAGUAUAAACAUAUACAGCUUGUGUCUAACAUAUCACAAAUUAUUAGGUGACAAGGUCUACAUUAAUGAAUUUAUAUUGCAUCGCUGUUUCUUUUGCAUUCAGAACAGUGAUAUGUUGUCUGAAAAGCCUACCACCAUUUCUAGGUGGAGGGCACAGAGGAGGCAUUACUAAGAAGCUUCCUGAUGAUGAUUUAUCAUCACACUGUGUAGGAGUCACACUGACUUGGGAAUUCCAAAAUCCCCUUUGCCCACCGUUAUCCACAGCUCUGUCACUGCACUUCUCCAGCCACAAUAUCUCCACCUCAGGGGGAAGAAAGGAAACCUCUAAAAACCCAAGAAAUAACUAUUCCUAAGAAGCAAAGAAUCCUCAUCCCAUACUGCCUACGAAUUUUUUACAGAGAUAUUAGGAUAUUUAUCCCAAUUCUGAAUUUCACAUUAGCUGUUCAGGCUGUCCUGCUUAUAUUUAAGCUGCAUUUUAUUGAGAAAAAUGUGCUCUAAGUAAAUGGAGUGACUUUACCAGCCCAUUGAAAACAUAGUCAAACUCAAGCCGUGACUCAGUAGCUAAAGUUAAAAAAAUGCAGUUAUAUAAUAUGCAAGAUCAAAUAUGGCAAGAAAAGCAGUUUUUUUACCCAAUCUUCUAUUUUCUAAGUAAGAAAAACUGUUUUCAUUAUUAAAUGUGUGUGGAAUUGAUCAUUGUUACAAACAAAACAAUAUUAUACUCUAAAAUCUAGAUGGACAAAAAUAAAUAAAGCACUGGACAGAAAAGAUUUUUAGCUGGCUCCUUUAGAAAGUCAGACUGGGUAUAGAAUAAAUUAAAAAAUUUUUUAUAUUAUUUCAGAAUGUAAGGGUCUUAUGUAAACAAAGGGAAGGUUAAAAACUCUUCUAAAAUUUUAGAAAAUCAUAACAUCCUUUCUUCACUAUUAUAUCAGGCCAGUUAUAAAAUAUUUCAAUAUUUAGCUUUCUUCAGCAUGCUUAAAUAGGCAAAGGCUCAUUUAUAAAUAUUUGAUAGGCAGAUAAUCCAUAAGUAUUUUCUGACCCUUAUUUCCGUGUCCCUCCCCUUGGAUAAUUCUAAUCCCCUCCCCGAUAAUAAGAAAAUAAAAACAUUUUGGUGAAAUAGUACAUUUGGACAAAAAAUACAAUUUGUUGUAUUUUACUUCUGGUACAUUAAAAUACUGUAUUUAGUUGUUUUUCUUAGUGUCAGAAAUCUAAAAGAAGGUCUUUUAUUUCCUAAAGGAUAAAAUUGGAUAUAGCCUCUUUAGUAGACUCUAUCACAGUUCUAUUGUUUGCUGUGUUCAUUUGCUUAAUGAAUUGCGUGAGAACAGUCACUGUAAUGAAGUGUGUGUGUUGGGGGUGGGGGGAAGGGCAUGGGAAAUGUUUUAUGAGAAAAGAAGUUAUAAGCCUAAUACUAUGAAGUAACAUCUAAUGAAGUUCUUUUUAAGUGCAAUAUAUUUAUUUCUGCUAGAAAUGUAUUAUCAACAUUAUGUAAUAUUUGAAGCAUUACAUAUUAUUUGUAAACAGCUUAAAAUUAUAUAUUACUCAAAACUGUACAGAAGUAUGAAUGUGUGGAUAUUAAUUUCUUUCAUUAAAAAUGGCGUGUUUUGAUAUGUAUGUACA